UCAAAUGACCUCGAUCUUUAACAGUGUGUAUUAAAUAGAAACGAAAAGGCACCAAAGUAUAAAGAUGUCCAGAAUAUGGAGAGGAUUGACAAUGUCAAGGUUCAGAACAUUUCCCCCUCAUCUUCGUCCAACUAGAUCUACAAGCCAAUCACUAAUUGGAAACCACAUAAUUUAUAGAACUUUAUCAACACCAGUCUCAGGGAAGAUCUUCUGUACUCAAACUCAAGACAAGUGUAUAGUCAAUAACAAAUCUUUUUCAAGAACUGUAUACCAUAUUGAACGAUGCAAUAUCUCUACUACCCCAAACUAUAGAUCACCUGACUAUAGCCCGUUAUAUAAUCAAAACCGAAGCACGCUCAAGUACAUCGUCGCCAUAGCAGUUUUUGUAGUCGGACUCUCAUAUGCAGCUGUGCCCCUGUACCGGGUAUUCUGUCAAGCAUCUGGUUAUGGAGGGACAGUCACUAUGACAGAGGCUAGUGAGAAGGUGGAGAAAAUGGAGGCAGUUAGGGAAAGAGAAAUCACUAUUAAAUUCAAUGCUGACACAAGUGCAGCUAUGCGUUGGCAGUUUAAGCCCCAGCAACGAGAGAUCAAGGUGGUACUUGGAGAAACAGCUCUUGCUUUCUACACUGCACGAAAUACCUCAGACAAAGCCAUCACCGGAAUGGCAACGUAUAACGUGGUCCCCUUCGAGGCUGGACUAUAUUUCAAUAAGAUCCAAUGCUUCUGUUUUGAGGAACAACGACUAAACCCAAAUGAGCAGGUGGACAUGCCAGUAUUUUUCUACAUUGACCCAGAGUUUAAUGACGACCCAGCAGUUGCAAAGGUGGACACCAUUACUCUCUCCUACACAUUCUUUGAGGCUAAGGAAGGAGAGAACUUGCAGUUACCCUCAAUCUAGUUGUUGUGUUUGUAUGUUUACGUGAUAUUAUUUGUUUGUAAUAGAAUGUUCUCGCUUUUA